AUGUCGGACCUUAGUGAAGUAGCAGUAUAUGAAGAUUCUUCAGAUAUUUAUAAGAAUGUAUUUUGUAACCCGGCCUUUGAGCUGGAGGGAGAGAGAGAGGAGAGAGUGGAGGGAUUCAGGACGACCUUUUCCACCCCUGAGCCCGUCAAGCCACCAACGUCCAGUCCUUUUUGGAGCCUGUUUGGGGCUUGUGUGAAGAGGCUGCAGUGCCUAGGCUGUGGAUGGGGGGUGUUGUUGUUCACUGCUGCUGCUCUGCUUCUCCUGGCUGUUUUGGGACUGACACUGGCUCUGAUACUAACACAGAUAAAAGAGGAGGUCUUAGAGCAGCAGCUGACCACAGUCACCUCAGAAGUCUUCAUCUCCACGGCAACCAUGCCUCACACUUCACUGCCCACCCCCACUCACAGCAACCAAUCAGAAACCAGCACCACUGCUCACCCAUCCACCCAGACCUCCAUACCUCAGACCAGUUGUGGAGGAGUCCUGACCGAUGCAGAGGGCAGUUUCAAUUCCCCUAAUCACCCGGGCUCGUACCCUCCAGACUCUCUGUGUGUGUGGGUGAUCCGUGUCUCUGCUCCGGCUCUGGUCCAGAUUCAUGUGUCUACACUGUCUGUGGAGGGACCAUCCCCCUGUCUGUUUGACUGGCUCCAGGUGCAGGAGCAGCUUGAACACACCUCCUUUGUCACCAGGUUUUGUGGAAAUGUGGCCCCUCCCACAGUGAACACUAACAGCAGUACAGUGUGGGUGACUUUUCGCUCAGACAGCAGCAUCUCAGGCUCCGGCUUCACCGCUCAGUACAGGGCUGUUUUACCUGGACACAAGAGCUGCGUGAAGGAUGAGUUCAUGUGCGAUAGGGGGCGCUGUCUGCUCCCUGUGUCUGUGUGCGAUGGUCAUCCUCACUGUGAUGAUCAAACCGAUGAAGACAACUGCAGCCACAAACACAAUGAUUGUGGUGGACAGAAAACAGGACCAAAUGGUUUUAUAGCAAGUCCCAACCAUCCACUGCUAUACCCUCACCAACAGUUGUGCAUUUGGCAAAUUUCUGUAGACGAAGGCCAUAUUGUAUCACUGAGCUUCAGAAACUUCAGCCUCGAGCCUCAUGACAUGUGUGAGUUCGACUACGUGGAGGUGCACGAUGGGGCGGACAUGAGAGCACGGGUUUUGGGAAGAUUUUGUGGCAGCUCAUUUCCUCCAAACAUCACCUCCUCUGGAUGUCACAUGACUCUGGUGUUUGUGGCUGAUGAGGGACUGACUGACAGUGGUUUCAAUGCAACAUACCAGGCUGUGUCCCUAUUAGACAGGACUUGUAGACCAGAGCAGUUUGCGUGCAGUUCUGGGGAAUGUCUCCAGAGGGAGUGGCUUUGUGAUGGAUGGAACGACUGCACAAACGGAGAAGACGAACAAAACUGUGAUAACUUCACCUAUCCCCCCUUCACCUCGUCCUGUGAAGUUAUCGAGGUGGACAUGUGUGUGGGUCUGACCUAUAACUUCACCUCGUUUCCAAACAUCUGGUUGUCCAUUGCCGACCAAUCAGAGGCCGCCUCACUGCUGCGACACUAUCAGGUGCUGAUGGAGCUGGCCUGUUUCGAGCCCCUCAGAAGACUGUUAUGUGGGAUGUUUCUUCCCCAGUGUAAUCCACUAGGGGGCGUCAUACAGCCGUGUCGCUCCGUGUGCACAGCGGCAGAAAAGCAGUGCAGUCACGCUCUGGACACGCUCUCCUUCAGUUGGCCCUUUAACUGUAACCUGCUGAGGGAUUCACAAGAGACUAUGGAGUGCUCAGUGCCUUAAGG